UGAUGCAACCUCUCGCCGUUUAUCAGUAAGAGUUAAAAGGCGCCUCUGGUUAGUGCGGAGGUGCGGAUGACAGGAGGCGCAGACCCGUAACGGGACGCGCAGGCGGAACAGCGCCGCCGUAAAUGACAGCGGCACUUCUGGCGGUGUGUCAGCGGCCGCCGGGGACCCUUUUCCCGGCCUCUUAUCGUAGUAAAACACGGUAAUCGCAAGCUCAUUUAUCACGCUUUGUGCCGCAAAAGUGCUGAGCUCCGUCCGUGGGUUCCCGAAGGCUCCGUCGCCGUCUGCCGGUGCUGCUGAGGGGGGAGAGAGGGGCGCCAGGCUGGGAGGGGAGAGCAGCCAGAGCACCGGGGCGCGGAUGGACAGCCGCCGCCGUCUCUCCCCGUGAACCUCCGGCCGAGCCGUGCUUCCUUCGGGCAGAAGAACUCAGGCGCAGCCCGCCGCCCUCCCUGCCGUGCUCCGGCUUCCCGUUCGGUGCCGGUACCGGCGAAGCCCGCUUUGAAGUCCCUUUUGAGGUUUCCGUCCGAUCGUCCUGCAGCUCUUGAAAGUUCGCAGGUGCCUGGCGGUUCCUUGUGGUGGCCCUGCUCGUCCUGAUGUAGCUUUGGGUCAAUUAAACUCCUUGCUGUCCUCUGACGUGCUUGCGAAGGCUGGUCCGAACCCUGAGGAGAACCGUCAAGAUCCUACUGGGUCCUGUCCGCCAGAAUGAUUGAGGAAGGAGUGAAGCGGGGAAAGACGAUGGCGGAGAAGAGACAGCUCUUCAUGGAGAUGCGGGCGCAGAACUUUGACGUCAUCAGACUGUCGACGUACCGGACCGCAUGCAAGCUGAGAUUUGUGCAGAAAAGGUGUAACCUUCACCUCGUCGACGUCUGGAACAUGAUCGAAGCCUUCCGCGACAACGGCCUGAACACACUGGAUCACAACACUGAGAUCAACGUCUCCAGGCUGGAGACCAUCAUCUCCUCCAUCUACUACCAGCUCAACAAGCGUCUGCCGACCACACACCAGAUCAGCGUGGAGCAGUCCAUCAGUCUGCUGCUGAACUUCAUGGUGGCUGCCUAUGACAGUGAAGGCCAUGGCAAGCUGACCGUGUUCUCCGUCAAGGCCAUGCUGGCGACCAUGUGUGGUGGGAAGAUCGUGGACAAACUCCGGUACAUCUUCUCCCAGAUCUCGGACUCCAGCGGUAUGAUGAUCUUCACCAAGUUUGACCAGUUCCUGCGGGAGGUGCUGAAGCUGCCCACCGCCGUGUUUGAGGGGCCGUCCUUUGGCUACACCGAGCACUCCGUCCGGACCUGCUUCUCCCAGCAGAAGAAGAUCAUGCUGAACAUGUUUUUGGAUGCGAUGAUGGCAGAUCCUCCCCCACAGUGCCUCGUCUGGCUUCCCCUCAUGCACCGACUUGCCAAUGUGGAAAACGUUUUCCAUCCAGUGGAGUGCUCCUACUGCCGUAGCGAAAGUAUGAUGGGUUUCCGGUACCGGUGUCAGCAGUGCCACAACUACCAGUUGUGCCAGAACUGUUUCUGGAGGGGCCAUGCCAGCGGGUCCCACAGCAACCAGCAUCAGAUGAAGGAGCAUUCGUCAUGGAAAUCUCCCGCCAAGAAGCUGAGCCACGCCAUCAGCAAGUCGCUGGGCUGCGUGCCGAGCCGAGAGCCUCCCCACCCGCUGUUUCCCGAGCAGCCGGAACGGCCGCUGGACCUGGCACACAUCGUGCCUCCCCGUCCCCUGCCUGGCAACAUGAAUGAUACAAUGGUGAUGUCGUCUGGGGUGCCCACUCCCACCAAAAGGGAGCAGCUGAGCCAUGGUUCAAACGGCAUCUCAUCUCCAUGUCCGUUCCCGAGGGCUUCCAUCGCCCCCAGGUCUCCCCUGGGACUGGCCGCCUCACACAAGCCCUCUGAGGAACACGCUUUGAUAGCCGCCUAUGUGAGUCGCCUGCAGAGUAAUGCACGCACCCUGGACAGCCCCAGCCGGCUGGACGAGGAACAUCGGCUCAUCGCCCGUUACGCUGCACGGCUCGCCGCAGAGGCGGGAAACCUACCACAACGCCCUCCAACUGAUCUGACCUUCAACUUCGAUGCCAACAAGCAGCAGCGACAGCUGAUCGCAGAGCUGGAGAAUAAAAACAGGGAGAUCCUGCAGGAGAUUCAGAGGCUGCGUUUGGAGCAUGAACAGGCCUCCCAGCCCACGCCGGAGAAGGCCCAGCAGAACCCUACACUGCUGGCGGAACUACGGCUCCUCAGGCAGAGGAAGGACGAACUGGAGCAGAGGAUGUCAGCCCUGCAGGAGAGCCGCCGAGAGCUGAUGGUGCAGCUGGAGGGCCUGAUGAAACUGCUCAAGGAUGAAGAACAAAAGCAGGCAGCACAAGCGGCCAUCUCUCCUCACACGUCACCCAGCCAUGGUGCUGGCCGGCCGCUACCAAUGCCGGUUCGCUCCACGUCCGCCGGUUCCACCCCUACGCAUGGUCCGCAGGACUCACUGGCAGGCGUGGGAGGGGAUGUCCAGGAAGCCUUCGCUCAGGGUCCCAGGAGAAAUCUUCGUAACGAUCUGUUAGUUGCGGCCGAUUCUAUCACAAACACCAUGUCGUCUCUGGUGAAAGAGCUUCAUUCUGUUGAGGACGGUUGUGAGGAAGAGGAGGAGAAGAUGCUGAAUGGGAAGGACCGGGGUUAAGCAGAAAUAGGACCUGAGGACCCAACCCAAGUACAGUGACUGUCCGGGAAAUGGGCAGCCACUGUGCAGACACCCCCCUCAUUAGGAGAAACAGGCACACACCCCCCCCAUCGUUGAAGACACCCAGACACAAGCAGGAGAUCCAGCCUGGCCUACCUGCCCCAGCCCGCCCGUCCCUGCCCCACCUGGCCGAAUGGAUGCCCCUCCCCUCAUUAAUCGAUAGAAUAGUGCAUGCUUUACAUGUGCUUGGACUUCACUAUGAAGCUUCCGGACUUCGGCCCAUCUUCUGUUCAUCUGCGCGUGUAACUCACCCAUGGCUUCGUUUCGCUUUGGCAGUGCAAUGACUUUGCAGAUUUUCCUCACCCCCCCCCCCCCCCCCCCCCCGAAUGGUUUUCUAACCACAGACCCGGAAGGGGUGCCUCCCCCCGUCAGACUCUGCGUGACGCUGCCUUCCGAUAAUCCGUCUCUUUCAGUUGUGCUGGUCAUACCGAUCUCUGAGGGCUUCAUGUGCUGGUCUGCCUGCCUUCCAGCCCUGGCCAGUACAGAACAGCAGCACCCACUGAAGUCCAUUUGUCUUGUUUAGGAUUCGGUCCACUAGCCGACCAGCUAUUGGCCAGAAAUAGGCUUUGUCAGAACCAGACGGGAAGGUAACAGUUGGAAAUAGAAAUCUGGUACAAACUCCAUCCUUAAUCUGUUUGUUAUUGUCAGAGGGCACAUUGUAUAAGGAAAUAUACCUUUUAAAUACCCACAUGUUAGGAGUGAGGCCAAAGAGCUAAUUUGUGGCUGGAAUUAAAUGUCUUUAUAAACAAUGGAAGUGUGACAACCAGCAAGAUGACAGAGUAGGAGGGUUUGGUGACAGUGCUAACAGUCAGCUGGGUGUCUAGCUGAGGACUCCUCUGCUGUUGUUGUGCUGUGGCAGCAUGCUGAAGGUAAACAACUGGGUUCGAAGGGAACUGCGUUCCCAGGUCAUUUGUCGCUGGAUGGUCAGUGUACUUUUAUUGUGUGGCUUUUUGUUUGUCUGUUUUUUUGUUUUUUUCACUUUCGUUUUUGCUAUUAGAUUUGUUUGGUCAUUUUUGAGAUUCGGCUUUUUGUUUAGGCUUUUUUUAAAUUGUAUUGUUUUCUUUUCCCCCCAAAAUGCUUUCAGAAGCUGUUCGUACGUCUGUGGAACAAAUGUGUAUUUUGGACUGGUGUUUUUUUGUGUAGCCCGAGGAAGUGAGGAGGUGUGAGGCAUGCACCCCUGCGGGGUUUUAACAAUGUGCCGGUGCCUGAAACAGUUUGUUAUAAUGAGGGAACCCACAGGGUAAGAUACCAAGGUUAAAAUGAGCUCAGGGAGACUUGACUGGAGCUGUGGUCGUCGUUUCUUCCUAGGAAAUGGCUGUAAAAUAUUUCAUUUCUGAUUAUGCAAGGAUUGUGGUGAAGCUGAAGCAUCAGGAAGUGAGGCUCAGGGUGCAGACGGCCAGGAUUAUGGGUUCGGAGGUGAAUCCCAAUUCACCACUCCAAAGCUAUGCCAAUGCAAAAACUUUAAUUUAUUGCCUGGACCCAAUAUCUCUUAGGUAUUUUUUAAAGGAGUUUUAAAUGUACCUGGAGUCAAGUUGACUGAACCUUUCCUUGAACUAGAGCCCAAAAAGCAGAAUUUAUGUGAAAUCAGAGUAGAGCUCAUCCGUUUAAAAUGUGUAUGCUAUCGGUUUCGGAGCAGGUCGAGACACACCAGUGGCUGCUGCUGUUUAAUUCUGCACAAGGUUACAGUUUAUUAAAGACUCUUGGUCUGAAAAUGCUUUGGAACGUUCUGGAAUGUGGACCAUUAAUCGGUGAAGAUGGGUGGUUGAUUCCUGAGACUGUGAGACAAAUGACUUUGAAGGAUGUGCUGAAAGCUUUCAACAGAAUUCUUUCUUGGAAUACCAAAAUUAUGUUCUAUAAGGAGUUCUUCCACAUCUCUUUGUGUCUUUAUUCAUUGACUGAAGCACUGCGAGGAGACAGAUUCUCGUAUAUUUCUGGCAUGUGCCUGGAUGCUGUACAUAGUGUAGCUCGUACUUGUGAAUGAGUCUUAGGGAGUGAUUCCCAGCCUUUGACCUGGAGGUUCUAAGGACUGCAGCUUCUGAUCUUGUGUUUGGGGCAAAAAAUAGAACUCUUGUAAAAUAGUGUUUGAUAUAUAUAAAUAAAUGAAUAAAUAUAUAAAUAUCUGUGCCAAAAAUAUUUAGCAAGUUUGCAAUUUGACACGUUUGAGCUGAUGCCUCUGGAUGUCAGGUCUUCAACUGCUGAGGCCUGUAGAUCUCACAUGCGGGACCAACCAGAAGGUUCGCCUUGAAGAUUCAGGACUGAGCGAUGGUACGUCAGGGACGAGACCACAUGCUCCCCACCCUCUAAGACGGACUGAUGGAAGGAGGGGGGUCUACGGACCGUAGAACCAGGAGGAGAGCCCGCCGAUGACCUUUUCAAAGAAUGUUUGGUGCUGGAAACCAUUUGUUUCGAUAUUUGUUGCAUAAUCUUGAGAUUGUCACCGGAUUACUGUGUUUCAGAAAUAAAGAAAAAUGAUGUAAAAACA